UAUCAAUCCCAUGGAUAUCCAGUACACCAGAGAGAGCAGACCUGUCUACCAACUCAACAACCUACAAAUCGGAAUUUCCGUUUCCAUAAUCAUGAAUUGCAUCUUUGCCUUCUUAAUCUUCAGUGGCGUGAUUGCUACAGGCAGUGCAUGAGCUGCUUCACAUGCAAAGUCUUUGGUGAAGAAAACACUGACUGUCAGGGUGUUCUGCAGCAGUGUGAAAAUGAUGAUGAUUUCUGUGCAACACAAAUAGAAUCCAGCAGGAUAGGCAAUGAUAACAGAGUUAUAGUCAGAAAGAGAUGUAUGCCUGCCGCUAACAAGAAUGUUUGCCGCCCAGAACCAAUGAAAUUAGAUUGUACUAAAUUGAUAUUGUCCCUGUACUCAGAAUGCUGCUUUGAAGAUGGAUGCAAUUCAAAUGGGCUCAAAAUUCCGGCAGACAACACAACCAAGAAUGGUCAUCAAUGCCCAACCUGCUUUGUGGAGAACAGCAACACGUGCCCAUGCUCAAAAACCGAACUGAAAGAAUGUACCGGCAAUGCAAACACAUGCUUGGAGUUCUCAGGCCAUGUACAACGCCCAGAGGACGUGGAGAAGCUUUAUGCAUUUAAAGGUUGUGUCGAUGGAAAUUUAUGCAAGACUGACCUUUCAAAAUUGCCCGGAUGUGAGGUUGGUAGCGAUGCCAAGCUUACCUGCACCUAAAAGAGGAAAGUUUGAUGGAUUGCAGAGUUAACAAAGCUGUGUCGUUAUUUAGUUAUAUGCUUUACAUUGAUCCUGCCCAGCAUGCUGGAGAUCACCGCCUCUUCUCGCCUUCUUGUUUUCUGUCUGCUGCGGGUUGCAUCUGCAUUGCGGAGCAACAUCCCACCACCAUAGAGUGCUGCUGAGACAGUGGGGGGAGGCCUGGUGCUACCAUGUCUUUGAAGUCCCAGUCCUCUAUGUGGCCUAAUAUUUGUGAGGGUAGGUAGCCCGCUCAUGGGUUUCUAGUCCCAGGUACACUGGGCAAUUCCUUAGAACAGGUUGAGCAAUGAGUAUCCAAUGCUGGACAUUUAUUACACUUUACUUAUCUACCUUUAAGUGCUUGUAAA